AUGGCCCAAGAAUAUCAGCUCUAUAUCAAUGGCAAAGAAUGCCAGGGUGGCCGCCCAAGUGAAAACACCAUCAAUCCGUACACCAACGAGCCUUGGGCAAAGGUGGCCCAAGCAUCUGUCGAAGAUGUGCAGGCUGCAGUCCGGGCGGCCGAGGUGGCCUUUGAAAGCUGGGGCAAAGUCUCUGGAGGGCAGAGGGCCAAGUUGCUGAACAAGCUGGCUGAUCUGAUUGAGGAAGAAGCGGAAACCUUAUCCAUAAUCGAGACGUCCGAUAAUGGCAAAAUUCGGCGCGAGACAAAGAGCCAGAUGUUCUUCUCAGCCAGAAACUACCGGUUCUUUGCUGGAAUGGCUGACAAAUUGACUGGCGAGGUGAAGCCGAUGGACAACCCGCAGAUCUUCGACUAUACCCUGCGCGAGCCUUUUGGCGUCUGUGCUUUGAUCACUCCUUGGAACAGUCCCAUUGGCAUACUUACCAAUAAAUUGGCCCCAUGCUUAGCAGCAGGGAAUACCUGUGUUGUCAAGCCCUCGGAGUACACAUCAGUGAGUACACUUUACUUUGCGAAGCUCGUGGAGAAGGCUGGUUUUCCCCCCGGCGUGUUCAAUGUCGUGGUGGGUAAGGCAGAAGUUGGCAAAGCUCUAGUAACCAACCCGGCUAUUGGUCGUAUCAGCUUCACAGGAAGCGUCGACAUUGGACGUAUAGUCGCUCAGCAGGGCGCGCAAAAUAUUAUUCCUGUUACACUUGAGCUUGGAGGUAAAUCGGCAAACAUCAUCCUGGAUGAUGCGGAGCUGGACCGGGCAAUCCCAGGAAGUGUCGCGGGUAUUUUUGCAGCAUCGGGUCAAACAUGUAUCGCAGGCUCAAGGCUACUUGUCCAUCGUUCGGUAUACGAUACUGUGGUCCAGGGCAUAUUGGAGAGGAUCAAAUCAAUCAGAUUUGGCGACCCGCAGGAUAUGAACACGGAUAUUGGACCUGCUGCCCAUGCCGCACAAUGGGAAUCGAUUCAUCGGCAUAUUGAAAAAGCCGAGAAAGACGGAGCCAAAUUACUGAUGGGAGGAAGGGAAGCAAGCAAAAAGAUCGGAGGACUCUUCGUCGCUCCUACCGUCUUUGGCGAUGUCGACCCGAACAGCGACCUUGCUCAAAAGGAAAUCUUCGGUCCCGUCCUUGCUGUUAUCCCAUUUGAUUCCGACGAGCAGGCGCUUAAGAUUGCGAAUGGCACCAUCUUUGGCCUUGCUGCCGGAAUCUGGACGAUGAAUAUCAGACGUGCCCACAAGAUGGCCAGUCAACUCAAGGCCGGUCAGAUCUGGGUCAAUACCUACCGAACAAGUGGCGCUAUGGCUCCAUUCGGCGGAUACGGGCAGAGCGGAUACGGCAAGGAACGUGGCACUGAGGCGUUACUGGAAUAUACGCGGCUCAAGAACGUCAUGAUCGACCUAAGCGACGAGGUCCGGGAUCCGUUCACUAUCAAGGUCUAG